CCAUAAAUCCCCCAUGGCUAUGAACCAUGGCUAAGGUGUAGCGUUCCAUUCAGCGCCGAUAUAACCAUAGAAUAACUAGAUGGUGGACUCUCAAGUUACUUACUACCGCUUUUACUUUCUUGCUUUUUUUGACGACAGGAGGCUUUUAUUAGUAACAGGAUUUUCUGUACUGUAUUUUAAGAUGACAAGUUUGUCAUCGUGAUUUUUAAACUAGUUCCCGUUCCUUUAACCGUAUCGGGAACGAGUACUUUCAAUGUUACGAAUAAGGAAUCGACUAUCUGGUUGGUGUGCUGUUAUCCCUGUGCUUUCAGCAGCGCAUUCGAUAACUGUUACCUCUUCGAAAGCAGGAGUCGGACCCAAAGAGCUGUGACUUCUUCAGAGGCAAGGAUGUGGCCAGAAGUGGCGUGGAUUCUAGGAAUUAAACGGCACAACAACGGCAGAACAAAAUGGACAGUUAAAAUUACCACUUAUGUUUGAACAGUAAAGUCGGGCAAGGAAAAAAAAAACCCGAUGUCUUAUGGAAUGUAGCUAGCGUUGGCUAACGAUUUUCAUUGAGUGCCUGAUCUUGUCACUUUUCUUGAGGACGAUGUGUGCAUUUCCCUGGACCGCGGUGGUACGGAGGUCCUGCCUGCUUUUGCUGCUGGUGUGCGAUGUGAUCCGGGCCCAGGAUCUGAAGCCAACUCGAUGGCCUCUGUUUUCCCAGAAGCCUGUUUUGCUGGCCUGGAACGCGCCCACAGAGGACUGUGGCCCACGCCAUGGUGUCAACUUCAAGCUGAGCCAGUUUGAGAUUGUGGCCUCACCCAAUGAAGGCUUUGUCAAGCAGAAUCUCACAAUCUUUUAUAAGGACCGUUUGGGUCUGUACCCAUACUACGAAAGGGAUGUGGCGUUUAAUGGUGGGAUCCCCCAGUCCGCUAGCCUUACUGCACACCUGGAGAGGAUGCCAGAUGGUGUGAGUAAGUACAUCCGUGAACUUGGUGCCAGGGGGCUUGCCGUCAUCGAUUGGGAGGAGUGGCGGCCCCUGUGGGUCCGCAACUGGGACACCAAGGACAUUUACCGUGAGCAGUCACGGCUCCUUGUCGCCAAAAAGAACCCAGACUGGUCUACAGACGUUGUAAACAGGGUGGCCCAGCAGGAGUUUGAGAUCUCCGCCAAAAAGUUCAUGCUGGAGACACUGAGGUAUGCCAAGAGCCUGCGUCCCAACCAGCUGUGGGGCUUCUACCUGUUCCCCGACUGCUACAACCAUAACUACAAGUCCAGCCUGGAGAACUACACGGGUCGAUGCCCGGACGUGGAGAUGGUGCGGAACGAUCAGCUGACCUGGCUGUGGACAGAGAGCACCGCCCUCUUCCCAUCCAUCUACUUGGCCCCCAAGCUGAACUCCACCUCCAUGGGCCGCCAGUUUGUCCGGAACCGCGUGCUGGAGGGAAUGAGGCUGGCGUCAACUGGUGAAGGUGUCACACGGCCCGUCUUUGUCUACACGCGGCCUACUUAUGCCAACCAACUGACCCUGCUGACUGAGACAGACCUGGUGUUCACCAUUGGGGAGAGUGUGGCGCUGGGAGCAGCAGGUGUAAUUCUGUGGGGAGACGCUGCCUACGCCAGCAGCAGUGCCAACUGUCGCAGUUUGAAUGAUUACCUGCUGGGUCCGCUUGGCCGGUACCUGCUCAACGUUUCCACGGCAGCAGAGCAGUGCAGCAGGGCCCUGUGCUCCUCCCGCGGCCGCUGCCUCCGGCGUCGCGCAAACGACAACGCUUACCUGCACCUGAGCCCGCACAGCCAGCCAAUCGUGAGUGAGGGCGGCAAGCUGAUGGUGAGUGGCCAGCCCAGCGCCGAGGAGACGGAGCAGCUGAACGCAAACUUCCGCUGUCAGUGCUACAGCGGCUACCAAGGGGAGGGGUGCGCGCAACCUGGGCCCGGCCUUCCCGGCGCCUCCCCCAGCCUGCGGCUCUACCUGCCUGGCCUGCUGCCCCUACUGCUGCACAUACUCCUUCACUGAGCCAGGUCACCCUGCCCCCUGGUGGCAGGGAGGAUUUCUGCAGGCACCGAAGGCAGGACCCACGGGCUAAUCUGUACUGAUGGUGACAAAGGAGUUACUUUGGGGCAGUGAUGGCUGGAACCAUUACUAUGAUCGUGAACCCUGAACCACAGGCCUCCCCAGCCCUGGCUUGUUGGGACAGUUGGACUCCUAAGGUCCUUAUGGACUCCAGCUGGUCCUUAUGGACUCCAACCUGUGGUAGGGGCUUAGGCUUCUGGACACCUGUCCAAAAUCUUAGUUGAGGUCUGAGCAAAAUCAAUAAUAAUCACGCACACAUUUUCACCAUAAGUUGUCUUUAGAUUUUUCUGAAAUUCUUAGAUGGGAUGGUGCAAUUGUAAAGCCUAAACCAAUAGGAUGUUUAGUUGCCUUUUUUCCAGGUUUUCAGCUGAAAUGGUCUCAUCCACAGAUUUUGUAUAUCCAAAGGUGUGUCUUACAGUGAGGAAUUUCUGGGUCAUUAUCCACAUGCAUUUUUGAGCUCCUCAGUCCCUUAACUUAGGUGUGCGGCCCACUUGCAGGUGUGUAUGUGUGCAUGUGCAUAGGCAUGAUGGUUCUGGAUGUGACUGACGCAGACUGGGUGGUUCUGACUGUUACAUGUGACUGUCAGUCCACCAGCCUCUAAUCUGAAGGGCAGAGCGGAACACAUUAGGACAGGGAAGCAUAUUCAGACAGUGUGUGUGUGUGUGUGGGUCAGAUAUUUGCUUAAUGCCUUAUUUCUUAAAGCUUCCUCUCAACCAUGAAAAGAAGUCUCAAGAGGAGCUAUAAAAUAAAAUUUUUAUCAAGGAAUAUGUAUUUUUUUGAACAUAUCUAUUUUUUAUUGCUUUGUUAAAUCUUUUUUUGAUACUUUCAGUGUUAGAAAAUCUGGAAUACUGACAGACUAGUACUAAUGCGUAUUAUUAUGGUUCCCUCAUAUGGCUUUUCUGGGGGGGGGGGGGGGGGACAGAGGGCUUUACCUAAUGGGGUUACAGAAACUCUUGCGUGCCCUCACGUUCUAGUAGAAAUUCCUUGAAACCCUCAGGGCUUUCUGAAAUGUUAAGGUAAAUGGAUACAUAUUAUAAUGCAGAAACACUGGGAUCUGGCUGCCCAUCCCACCCCCACAGCUUGACACACUGAAAACCACAGCACUAUGCAGCUCCUGAACUUUCCAGGAAGACCUCAAAUUCACAGCUGCUGAGGCAUAAGCUACGGCUGUUUCCAAGGAGAAGAGUAUUUCUGCUUUCCACACCUAGAAUGCAAUUCGGCUUGCAAUGUGUGCCACCCACAUCCGCCUCAGAACAGUCAUUUAAAAGGAUUUCAGUUCCUGGAAAGCUUCUGAGUUGCAUAUCCAUGCCAUUUUUAAGAAGGGUUCUGCUUCACAUUUAUUUUCCCUCACAGUAUAUUAUCCCGAGUAAGUGCUAGUCAAGAGGUUCAAUGGUAUUAUUUUGUGUGUGAAUCUGGAAUUCCGUGGAACUUUGUCUGAAUUCAAACUGGAAUAGACCCCCCUCCCCCCCCUGCACCUGCCAUACUCUGACUUCCUAGAGGCUUGCACUGUUUCUGUUCCUUUCACAUCAUGUCUAAGUGCUAAAAUGUAUUAUAUAGCCUAUAUUUCACAUUCACAUUGGGUGUAUAGGUGUUCUGUAAGUAAGUAUGGACAAUUGCUAUUAUAGUUUUAAUUUAAUUGGUUAAUCAUGAAUUUUUUGUGGCUGAUGCAGGGUUGAGUUCACUGAAGGCCCUGGGAAAAUAAAGGAAUGACAUGUGCUAAUCCAUGCCUUUUCUAUAUGCUGUGCAUAUGGAACUGUACGCCUUGAAAGUGAAGUUUAUAUUUCAGUCAUUUUUAGCUAUGUUUGUAACUUUGUGAAUAGAAGGUUUGCCUUCUAGGUGAAAUUAUUCAGGUAUUAAUUGCUGAACACUUUGUUUUGACCUCCAAACAAACAAAAUUGAAAACAAAAAUAAAAAAGGAACCAAACUGA